UUCAAGAUAUUAGUGCCCAAGUUCUUGAUGCUUUUGAGAAAAGUCCUAGGGUGAUGCUCCCUGAAGUUAACGGACUUGCCGACUUCCUUGAAAAGCCUAUCCCAGACAGUAUGAAGAUACCUCUUCUACAACAUGAAUAUGAUAGUUUUUUGAUUCGAAACAUGGAAGACAUGUGCACAUCAGAAGACCUCAAUAUUUUAUUCCGGGUCAGCGAAACCGAGAAUGCUUAUGGAUUCACUUCUAAGAUGAUUGGCCCGCUAAUUUGGAACGAUCCACCUUCACGAGAGAAAACUGAGUAUUCCUAUGUCUCGUUUUGGGAUGCCAACAUCAGAUUCCCUCUGGAGCUCUUUAUUCCCGACGGCACUUCUAUCCGAAACUCCUCACAGCAUAUGGGUAUCUUUAGCAAAUGGCCUAACUUUGGUUUUAUCCUUAAUCAUGUUUGUCUGUUUAGAGGGGAGGAAAAAUCAUCCAUCAAUGAUGAAGAUGCAAAAGCCGAACUCCGGGACAAACUUUAUUGGAUCUACGAUCCAGCUCCGUAUGUUUUAGGCUACUAUGCCAAUAGAUCAGAUGUGACAUUUGUUGCCAUUUGCCGGCCUCUGCAUGGCUACAAUCCAGAUGUGAUUAACAUUGUGAAAUCAAACUUAAAUCGAAGAAGGGGUCGUAUCCUUAACCUGCGACGAAUGAUUAAUUUAAGUAUUCUAAUCAAGUCACUUCAGGAUGUGAUCGGAUGGCAUGAAUCACCCGAAUUCCGACCUAUUAUUAGAAAGAGGCAGACCAUCAUAGUGUGCGCUAAAAACAUUAAAAAAACCUUCACAAAUCGUACAGAAUCUGAUGAGCGAGUUGAAAAGCUCAGGAAUUUAGGUGUGGUGUAUCUUGGUCCGAAAGGAAUGAGUGUAAAACCAAAGAAUCAGAAGGAACUCCUUGAAGCUGUUGUCUGUAUUCUCGAGGCGCUUGUGGCUAUGCAUGGUGGUGACGAUCCUAUCUUCCAUCAGGAUAUCCGAUGGCCCAACAUUAUUCGACUACCAGGUGCAUCUAAUGAACCGUCAAAAUGGAUUCUUAUAGACUGGGAUGAAGCUGACGGACCUCCGACCCAACCAGCAACUCAUCUCGCAACAGAAAAUCAUGCUCCAGAAGUGUUCCAGAAGGAUCACCACGGGGAAGUUGAUAUCUGGAGUGUAGGGGAACUAAUAACUGCAGCAAGUAAAUGGAUUUUUGGACUUUCAUCGAAUCUUAUUGAAUUUGGGAAAGAAUUGCAAAGCGAUAAUAGGCCAACUGCUCAGAAUGCUUUGGAAAAGCUUAAAUCUUUUUUGAAAUGA